AAUACUAAGGAGAUGGAUUUUGAUGGCGAGAAACGUAUGUGCUAUAUGGACUCAUCACACGAGAAUCUCGGAGCUAUUCAUGAUGACGUGUGCCGACGUCGGCGUGACCUCGGAUUCUCCGAGUCCGACCUUACAUUAAUUUUCCAGCAUUUGUGCAUGAUGUCAGCACCUUUUUUGUGA